UCUUAUGGCCGACACAUGACUUGAGGCUUCUUACAAUACCUCGUUUUUGCCUUCAAAAUUUUCCUAAUUUUUCACACCUAGGCCUGAAUACUCUGUCAAAAUGACAGAAGUAAUGUAUGGAUUGAUCUCUGAGGCCAAGAAGAAUCGUUUUUCUUCGAUUCCCAAGCUUACAGAAGAAGAUGUUGUAAGCGUAUGGGAUAAUGUGUCUCAGUAUAUCCAAAGACAAAUGAGGCUGCAGAAGGGAGUCACGAUUCCCGGUCUUGGUAUAUUURCAUUCUCUCAAAGGAAACUCGAUGUUGGAAAUAACAAAUAUAUAUUAAUUCAACGUCCAGUGUUCAUUCUUUCUGAGAAGUUUGCCAUGACACACGGGAUGUCUAGCCCAAAACAAUACACAACAGGUCAAAUACCAGUGGUCCAGUUGAAUUUCACAGCAUUGUCCAAUGAAACACCUUUUGACAGAGACAAUGUAGAAAGUUGUGUUAAAGAGGUCUUACAAGCACUUAGUAGAUCCAUCCAGGCAAAGAGAAAUGUGGAAUUCCAUUUUUGUGGAAUGGGAAGACUGUCUUUUAGAGAUUCAAAAGUUAAAAUGAAGUUCUAUAAAGAUUUUGUCAAGAGUAUGGAUGGAUCUGACAAUGUUGUACAAGCACUAUGUAAUAGACCCGGUACAGCUGAUUCUGUAAUAUCAGAAACAUUCUUUACACCAAGACCUCACACUAGCAACACACUGAUUUUACCAAGGAUUCAACCUGGGACAGGACUAGAGAAUGCAGGCCAGAAACAAAGUGCUAAAGAACAAGGUAUGGAAACGAUUGCAGAAAUAGAAGAGAAAAACGAAGAAGACGUACCUGAUAAAGAAGAAAAUGCAGGGGAGCCUUGUGCGAAAGAAGUCGUUAAAACUGUUGAAAUCUUGAUGGGAGAACCGCAGACACAGGAAGUUCCUCAAAAGCCACCGACACGUCAAUCCCAGUCAUCAGCUUCUCGUAUCAGGUCCCCUCUGCCCACAGCUAAGGCAACAGCAGUGAGUUAUGGGGCCCCAGAACAACUGACUUCAGUCAAGACUCCACCAAGGAAAAAGWCUCCAGAGGCUUUGGAUAAUCAACGCCAAGAAACCACGCCUAUGGAGAAAACGAUAGAGACUGGGAUAAAGUUGAGUGCAAAUGAUUUGUACGAGUUGCCUCGUAGUCAGAGCAAAGGACAGUUGUCGAAACCAGUCUCCCGUAUGGAAAGCAGAUGUUCUGUUCAUGGAGCUCGCGGAGGACAAGAGCUUUGUUAUCUUUGUCAUCAACGAGCAGAGAAGAACGUACCUGUCUACAUGCAUGAAGAACGACGACGAAAAGAGCUUGAACAAGAUAGAUUGCUUCAGCAAUAUCAGCACCAAAAGGACUCAGAAGCUAUUUAUAAUGAACAGACGAAGAAUCUUGAAAAAAGUAAAUAUAAUCAGAAGGUAGCUUCUUUCAACCUUGGAGUGGCUGAAGCAAUCAAGGAUAAGAAAACAGCUCGACCACUUGAAUUUUCCAGGUCGUACUUGUUCCAUAACCGUGCUCUCACACCUCCAAGGACAAUCAAACAGAAAGAGUACUCCGAACAUCUUAAUGGACAGGUGACCACGAAGAAUGAGAAGUUGCGUCGCUUGGCACAGGAACAGGAGUUUUUGGAAAGACUUGAGCAAGUUCAGCUGGCUGAAGACCUUGCUUCACAGAGAGAGCAAUACCUACGAGAGAAGAAGGUCGCUAGAGACCUCUACAAGAAGGCUCUAGACACACAGGUUCGCUUCAAACCACUGCCAAUCCCAGCCCUCGAACCAGAUUCAACAGGACCAAUAUUCGGUAUUUACGAUUCUACUGAAGAUAAGCUCGAUGAACAGCGACGACGUGCAAAGAAUUUAUUUCACGACCAGCUUGAUAUGGUGGCACAGAAGAAACGCCAAGCCAUACUGACUGAUUUACGAAACCAGAAGGAAGAAUCAGACAUGUUGGAGCGCACAAAGAAAGACAUAAUCAUCGAUCGUUCGAUACGUCAUCAAGAACAGCUUGAGGGACGCCGUAACCUCGAAAAGUCCUGGGCCCAACACGUGACAACCAAAAAAGAGCGCGAACAAGACGAGAAGCUGCGCUCAUUGUCGCCAGGAAUGUUGAUUCACGAACAGUGCGACAAAUACCAUCGAUGUAAGCAGUGCGGACGACGUCCUCAGAAUUGCGGAGAAUCAAACGUCUGGUCAGAGUCUCGUUAUAUUCCUGGGUCACGGCUGAUUGUCUGAGUUCUUUUAAUCACGUCAAGAGAAUGAAAAGUUACAAACAGUAUUUACAGAGACGACGCACCAACGGAAUCUUAUUAAAAAUCACUUAAUAUGCAUGCUGUUGGAAUUUCUUAAAAUGGCAAUGGCCAUCGGUCAUCAUAGUUCCUAAGCUCUGGUUUCUAUGGUUACCACGCUUACUAUCGUUAAAAAAAUUUUGGUUGCUAUGGCUACCAGAUUUUGGCUCAAUGGUUAUCAGGGUUUAAUUACUAUGACUACCACAUUUUUUUGUUUCUACUAUUAUAAGUCUUUGGUGACUAUGGUUACCAGGCUUUGGUUUCUAUGGUUACCAGGUUCAAGGCUAUCACUUCUAACAGUUUGUACCAAUGACACUCUCAAUAUCACUGUUGGCUUAUUGCAAUAGUUAAGAUCUGUGAAUUUUUUCAUCCAAGCACUUCUAAACUACUAAAAUAACAGGUUAAUCUGUAUUAAUGACUUAAUAAUUUCUCCAGGUUUCGACUUCAUUGGCAUUGUACUUGUCUCCUAAGGAUGCAUUGAUUAUGUAUUUGGGGUAGGGGGGUGGGGGUGAGGUUCAUUUUUUAAUGUUAUCUACAAUUUUGGUCCCCCAAUCCACUAAAAAUUGAGUCCCAUUGAACGUACAAAUAAUUUUCAGAUAUUCCAGAAUUUCACUGCCCCCCCCCCCCCCCCCUCUGCAUACAUAAUGAAUGUACUCUAAUAUGUGAGACAAUCAUUUGGCAUGACAGUACGAUGUAUAAACUUACCUAAUGUGUGUGAUAUGAAACAAUUUCUAUAUUUAUAGAGUAUGUGCAGCCCAUAUCAUUGUGUGGAUAUUAUGAAUAAAGUGUGAUUAUUAUGAACAGA